AUGUGUAGAGGUGGACGACCUUCUUCAGAUGUAUGGCAAUAUUUUGAAAAAAAUACAUCUAAAUCAAAAGGUCACUAUACUGCAAAAUGUAGAUAUUGCUUGAAAUUUUGGAGAAGAGGAAUUCCAGAUAAAUUAGAAGCACAUCUUGCACUUAAAUGUGAAAAAGUUGAUAGAGAAAUUUCUCAAAUAUAUUUAAAAAAACUUGCAACUAAAAAUUCAGUAUCAGAUGUUGAGUCUGAAGAUAAAAUGUCAAUAAAAAUUAUUAAAAUUUUCAACUCCAGAUUUAACUCUUUUGAAAUUGACCUUUAUCUGCUUGCUUACUUUUUGCAUCCAAAACAUAAAGGGUAUGCCAUGAAACAAGGAAAUUUUCGUCGAAUAUGUGAUAUUGCUGUUUCAUAUGUUUCAAGGUUAGGUUUUACAGAUAUAGCUGUUAGCCAACUCAUCAUGCAAAUGCGUUCAUUUAAGGAUGAUAUUGAGAAAACCAUGUUUUAUGUACCAAAAAAAAAUAAUGAUAUUGAUUUUUCUAGUGUGGCUAACUCAGAAACAGUCAUCGAUGGAUUGGAUCUCGAAGAAGAGGAAUCAUUUACAUCACUUGAAUUAGAAGAGGAUCUAUCUGAUGUUUCUGAUAACAACAUUGAUAAUAAUAAUUUAUCAAUUGAAUCAAUAAUUGAUUUAUCAGUAUUAAUUUCAGGCAGUGAUAUUUCAGCCCAAGAUAUAACUAGUGAUAUAACUAGUCCAUUUGCAGAAGGUAUAACUGAUUAUAAUCCUCAUGAAUUAGUUGCUAAUUUGGUGACAGAGGAUGAAUAA